AUGUCAGAGCCUUUGCAGAGCGUUUUAGGGCCAAAAAACGCAUUAGAAGUAGCUAAAUAUGACUUGGAUGCGGGAAUUAUACGGUGUAUUUGUGGAGUUGAAGAAGAUGAUGGAUUUACGAUUCAGGAUAAUGAGCAGUGUGAGAGAUGUUAUGUGUGGCAGCAUGCAGUGUGUGUUGGUAUUGACCAGCUUCAUGUGCCAGACGAGUAUCUAUGUGAUCUUUGUUUUCCUCGUCCUCUGGAUGUUAAAAAAGCGGUGGAGAAACAGCGGCGGCGGAAAGAGCAGGAGUCUACGCAUGUGUCAUUAAGCAGUUCUCAUCCCCGGCGGCGCCGGCAUUUGUGUACAGCAGUUAAAUCUAAGGUUAAUAUUGGGGGGAUCAAGAAGCCGUUAAGUCCUUCUAUGAAGCAAGAAAAUUUACGGAAGCCCCGGACAAGUCAUCGGGCGUUUGCCAAGGAUGCUGAGAAUCGGUUUCAGGCGAUGGAGGAUGUGGGUGAGUCGAAUAUGAAUGUGAAUUCGUAUUUAAAUUGCAAUUCGGAGUAUUCAACAAUUGAAAAUAAUCUAGUUACGUCUAUGGGUGCACAGACUUAUAUUUCGAUGUUGUUUCAGGACAAGUCCCAAAUGCAAACAGUUCCAAAUGACUAUUUUACAUUGAAAAAUCUUCCGGCAACGUCUAUCCGAUCUAGUUUGAACUUUGGAUUUUCGUCUAUGCUACGCUUUUCUUUGUACGCUGAUCAGUCCAUAGAGUCUUCGAAGAUUAUUAAGGAAUUUAAGGGAGAGGUUUAUUUGCAGGACGAAUAUAAGGAUGAUUCUAUUAAUAAGUAUUCAUAUGUUCUUGCACCUAUGCCAUUUGUUUACUUUAUUUCGGAUUCAAAACUAUGUGUUGAUACUAGGAAAUAUGGGACUGAUUCGAGAUUUAUUCGCCGGAGUUGUAAGCCUAAUGCUAAAUUGAUUACGGUGCUAUCAGACGAUGAUUCGUAUAUUCAUGUAGUACUUUAUUCACUGACACAUAUUCAUGCUGGAUCGGAAAUUACUAUUGAUUGGAACUGGGAUAUGAAUCAUCCUGCUAAUAUUUUGGAAAGUCAUGAAUAUAUUUCUGAAGAUGAGAUUAAAUAUAGUCAAGAUUUGAUUUAUUUUAUUGAUGGAUCGGAGUGUGCAUGUGAAUUAGGCAAGGAGUGUAUUUUGUUUAGAUUAAAGCGUCUGUUUUCAAAUAUUUCUAAGAGCAAUAUUAAGCCUAGCAAGAAAAAAAAUGCAUCUCCUUUAAAUAAUAUCAAUUAUGUUGAUAAUGAUGAUUUAGAUAGAUCUAUGACUCGUUUUGAGAAUGGUUCUAGUGUUAUAAAUAAGUCUCAGAGUGCUACUGAAAUGUCUGAAUUAUUUACUAGAGCAGUAUCUUCGAGUGCAGAUUCUCCGUCAAACGGUGCAUUGUCAGCAAGGGAAGAACGCAAAAUUAAGGAUAUAUUAGCUCGUAUAGAAAAAUUAGAACAAGAAGAGACUCAAGUUUCUAAAAAGAGGAAACAAAGGAAUGAAGCGAAAUCCAAUGAAAACCACAAGACAUAUGGUUAUCGUAAAACACUCUCCUCGGCUUUGAUUAAACAAGGUUUUCAGCAGUCUGUUUCUCCUCCUGUUUCUGUUACAGACUCUCCUAAAGAAGGUCUUCCGACUCUUAAAACACUUUCACAACGUCCUGGCCGUGUCCCUUCUAGAAUUUCUCGAAUGCAAAAACAUAGAAAAAUUGCGAAUAGUAUUUUAAAGGAAUAUUCGGAAAGUGUCGAUACAAAUGAUAUUUUACCAUGUAAAAAGAUGUGGAUUAAACGGUGGACGCAGGAGAAUCUUAAAAUCGAUGCUGAAAAGAUUAUGAGAAAAGAUAAACAAAAGUUGAAAAAUGUUAUUACUGAAUUACAGAUUAAUAUCGACUCCGGAAUGCCUAAGCAUUCGGAAACAAUUGAUCCUGUAAAACACGAAAGUUCACCGCCAUUAGAUACGACUUUAUUGGGACAAUUACUUCCUCCUAUCGAGUCAUCGGAUAAACUCUCUCUUGAUUUUACUUCUCCAGAACCUGUUAUCGCUGUAGCUAUUUCUGAUCCGUCUCAGUUGUCAGAUAAAUCGUUAACACCAUCCCUUUUAAAAUCUGAUAUUGGGUUUUCUUCAACAUCUGAAUCUCAUAUGUCUUCAUUUACAGUUGCAUCACCUUUGACUUCUGAAUUGGAACCUAUUCAAUCUAAUACAUUAUUUACAAGUCCUACUUCUAUUUUAGAAUCUUUUCCCAAAAGAAUCUCUCUUAGUGAAUAUAGAAAAAGAAAAAAUGCAAAUGAAGUUGUAGCACCUAAGGAAGAUGCACUUUCUAUUGAUCAUUGUUAG